AUGUUGCUAGUUCACACGUGUUUAUUUGUGUUAUUUGCACUUUUUAUUGAUAACUGUGCGCCUCGGUCUGUGGAGGAAAUCGACGAACAUUUCCUCUUGCACCCUAAGUACACGAGAUACGAUGAUUUGUUGAAGUUGACUAGUGAAUUAGAAUCGACUUACCCGGAUCUGAUCAAAUCAUAUUCUAUUGGGAAGUCAGUCCAAGGACGGCAACUGUUGGUUCUGCAAAUAAGCGAGGAUGUGAAAACGCCGCAUUAUGAGCGGCCGUCGUUUAAAUACGUGGCUAAUAUGCAUGGAGACGAGUCCGUGGGGAGACAGUUGAUGGUGUACCUGGCGCAGUACCUGCUGGCUAACUAUGGGAAGGAUGAGAGAGUUACAAAGCUCCUGAACACGACUGACAUACACUUGAUGCCGUCCCUGAACCCUGAUGGCUUUGAAAGCAGUGAGGAGAGUAACUGCGAAUCCCUAAAAGAAUAUAAAGGCCGGAAUAACGCUAAAGGUGUGGACCUAAACAGAGACUUUCCCGACCAGUUUGACAAGCACAAAUCCAAUGAUGAGGAGUACAUGUUCGGUGGUCGGCAACCGGAGACCGUGGCGUUAAUGCGAUGGGUUACCGGCAAGCAGUUUGUGUUGUCAGGGAACCUGCAUGGUGGCGCUGUUGUAGCUAGUUACCCUUAUGAUGACUCCAGUACGGGCAAAGAAUGCUGCGAAGAAAGUCGUUCCCCCGACGACACUCUAUUCAAGCACCUGGCUAAUGUAUACGCGUCCCGUAACGCAGAGAUGAGGGCGGGGGACACGUGUCCUCCUGAGCACUUCGAUGGAGGACUCACUAAUGGAGCGCACUGGUAUUCUGUACAAGGUGGCAUGCAAGACUUCAACUAUGUGCAUUCAAACUGCUUUGAAGUGACCUUCGAGCUGUCCUGCUGCAAAUACCCGCCAGCUUCCGAAAUGCCCAAGUACUGGGAGCUGAACAAAGACUCUUUACUGUCCUUCAUAGAACAAGCCAAUUUAGGAGUCACCGGAAUUGUCGUGGAUGAAGCCGGAGAACCGGUCAAGAACGCCCAAAUCAAAAUAGAGGGCAACGAGCAUACAGUCCGCACUACAGAGCAUGGCUACUACUGGCGCAUGUUGCUACCUGGACAAUACAACAUCACUGCUGUUGCCUCUGGCUACUCAAUACCUCCAUACACAACAAUAACCAUCCCGGACGACCAGUCGUCUCCGAUCUCCCUGAACAUGACAGUCCACCGGCGCCCUCGCUCUCUGAUGGCGGUUCAUACAAGGUGGCCGCGUCACGAACUGGACGGUAUUUCCCCCGUAGACUUCACUCACCACGAUUAUGUGAAGAUGGAGAGCUUCCUCAAGAAACUGAAUGAUCAGUACCCUCGCAUCACCAAGCUGAGCAGCAUCGGCAAGUCUGUGGAGGGCAGGGAGUUGUAUGUGCUUGAAGUUACUCAAGACCCUGGAAUGCAUAAGCCGGGCAAGCCCGAAUUCAAAUACGUAGCGAACAUGCACGGCAACGAGGUGAUAGGCAAGGAGCUCCUCCUGCUCCUAGCCAAAUACCUGUGCCAGGAGUACGUGAGCGGCAACCAGAGGAUACAGAAGAUGCUUAAUACUACCAGGAUCCACCUUCUACCCAGUAUGAACCCUGAUGGAUAUGAGAAGGCGAGAAUUGGAGAUUACAGCAGUCUCCGUGGCAGAAGUAACGCCCACAACGUAGACUUAAACAGGAACUUCCCUGACCAAUUUGGUGACACUACAGACAACAAGAUCCCUGAGCCAGAAACCUUGGCCGUGAUGAACUGGUCCCUCUCUGAACCCUUCGUCCUGUCUGCCAAUCUUCACGGAGGAGCUUUAGUCGCCAACUACCCAUAUGAUGGCAACCCUGAUAUGCAAAGCGGGUUGGAAUAUCUGACUCCGGACAACCCUGUGUUCCUGCAUUUGGCUCAUACUUAUUCUGAGGCUCACCAUAAAAUGCACUUGGGACAACCCUGCAAGAAUCUCCCCAGCGAAAAAUUCCCACAAGGCAUUACUAAUGGUGCUAAAUGGUACGUACUAGCAGGCGGUAUGCAAGACUGGAACUACUUACAUACGAAUGACAUGGAGAUUACAUUGGAACUCGGUUGCUUCAAGUUCCCUCCGGCAGAGGACCUGCCUACUUACUGGGAGGAUAACAAGGAGGCUUUGCUUAAGUUUAUUGAACAGGUACACAACGGUGUAAACGGCUUCGUCCACAGCCACAUUGGUCAUCCACUCGCGAAUACAACUAUCAAAGUGGAAGGUGUAACUCACAUAGUCAAAACUGCCAAGGAUGGUGACUACUGGAGACUGUUGGAGCCUGGCACUUACAAUAUUACUGCUAUUAAACACGGCUAUGAAAGUAUAACAGAACAAGUAACAGUUCCCGAAGAAGGUACAGUCAGCGUCAACUUCACUCUCAUGGCCGACGACCCGCAACAUUGGUCAUCUGCCUACGACUUCCGUGUGUUGGACAACGUAAUAAACACACGGUACCACACGCGGCUGGAGAUGUAUGCUGCACUCUCUGAGCUGGAGAACCGGUUCCCAAGCAUCGCGGAGUUCAGGGCCGGAGACAGCAUGCUUACUUCUACGUUCCACCAGCUAAAGAUGACUGAUGAUGUCGGCUCACCAGAAGAAACCAAAUUCCACAUCGCCAUAAUGAGCAGUUUCUACGGCUCUCAGCCUUUAGGCCAAGAAAUGCUACUGAACUUCGCUCGCCACAUCGGCACGGCUUACACGAUCGGAGAGCCAGUACACAAGCGCCUUCUCCAAAACACAGUGCUACACUUCAUACCAAACAUAGACGCAUUAUCAGACAAAAUCAUAAAACAGUAUGAUGAAACUGAUAAAUGCGAAAUUGAAGCCUUAGAAGAAGAAUUCGGAGACAGUUUAUACGCCUACCUAACAAAGAAAGACUUAAAUCCUCUUUCAAACUACAGCAGAGAAAUCUCCUUCUUGAAUAUGCUGGAAGCUGAGAAGUAUGAUGUUAUUCUAGAACUUGCUUCGGGGUCAGAAGACGUAAAAUAUCCAGAGUUAUCCAAGAAUGUGUUUGAGAAGUUUGCUAAGACGUACCAGGAUAGCAGGGUUACUGAGGAUAGGUAUGAGUGUAAGGGCGGUGGAGUGAAACAUGACGAUCUAAUAGAUGUGUUAUAUGAACGGUAUAAUACGCCCGUCAUAUCUGCGGGACUCAGUUGCUGUAAGAUGCCGAUGGACAAAGACAUUGCUUGGGUUUGGAGAAGCAAUCUCAGAGGGAUCAUGAAGUUUGCUGAGCUGGCGAAUACUGGUGUGGUAGGCUACAUAAAGAACGAGGAAGGUAUCCCAAUGCGCGACGCUAUAGUGGCAGUGACGGGCGUAGAGCGACAGUAUCGAGUGACUCGCAAUCUAGCACACUAUCGCAUCAUGUUGCCGCCUGGCGUCUACCGGGUUAUUGUACGGUGCCAUAAUUAUCAGGAUCAGAUGUUAGUAUGGUCGGUAGUGGAAGGCGUGCUCAAGAGUAAGGACAUAAUAAUGCGUCGCGUGGACUCCGACACUAUUCCUGGCGGACAGUUCGCUGAGGUGAAGGUAGAUGACAACCCUAACGUCGUGUAUGUUACUGGUUUAACUCUAGACCGCAACAGCGUGCCGUUACCAUCGGUCUCAGUGGACAUUCGACCUUUAGGCGCGAAGUCUCCGAUAGCUAAGAACGAGAGUGACGCCUCAGGACGAUAUGUCCUCGCCCUACCACUGGACUAUAAGGCUAAGGAGGUCGUUGCCAGCGCGUCUGUGAAUGGAUAUAUCACGAAACAGAAGCAUGUUGUGAUAAACGGCAAAGAGAACUUGACUCCGAAUAUACUGUUCAAGCUGGAGAGCGAUGACUACGUGUUGGGCAUGCCACGACUUGUCUUCGUCAUGUUGGCAGGUGUGAUCGGUGUAGCAGUAGUGACAAUAUCAGCGUGGUGCUUCAGUUGCCGCGAGCGCGCGAAGGACUCGCGCCGACAGUACAUGUUCACACAGAUACCCAGCGACGAUAAACGACCGCUCUGUGAUGAUGCCAGUGGAUAUGACAUCGUUCGCAAACCUUACUUCGAUGAAGAAGACUUACCUGCUUCAGAAACGGAUUCCGAGGAAGAAAUAGUGCUACUCAGGUCAGAUAGAGAUUGGAAGCAAGCGGACCAAGAAUAA